UCGUUCAUACUUAAGAUCAGUUGACAUUCAAAACUCAAACAGUACUCAACUAAAGCAACUAAGCAAUGAAAUUAAAAGUUUGUAUUAUCUUUUUAAUGCUACUUAUUGCCGUAAGUAAAGGUUAUCCACCUUACAACGGGCAACCUGGAUGCAAAACUGACGAAGAAUUACAAGUUAAAUAUUAUCGCUUCAUUACCAAUAAAACCCUUUAUUGGAAAUGCGUAGAAAUGGGCAAACCAGCAGUAGUAGAGCGCUGCCCUAACGGACAAGGUUACUUAGAUCCUGUGAAAUCUUGUGUUGAUUUUAGGCAUUGGUAUUGGACACCUUUAAUAAAUCAAGCAAAACCUCCCAGCGAACCUGACUAUCAACAAGGUCCAUAUCAAGGACAAUACGACUAUCAAGGAUAUUACGGACCGUACGGUAAAUACGGACCAUACGGCCAACACGGACCCUAUGGGCCGUAUGGUAAAUACGGUCCCUACGGGCCAUAUGGUCCAUAGAAAUAACUGCUCCAUCUGUUUUAUGAAUAAUUAUUAUAGGAUGUGUUAAGAAUUUUGCAAGCGAAUGCAUUCAUCACACAAUUGAUACGAUUGUUAAAAACUUUUAAACUUAAAGAACAAUAAAUUUUACAAAUAUACAAAUUUUUCCAUGACCGUAACAAAAUAU